UGUUGUACAGGUACUCGAGGGGGUCCCUGCCAAGGCAGGUGAUGUAAUGGCGCUGGGAAGACGGUGCUGGAUACUAGUAUCAGCAUACCGUAAAAUGCACCAAAGAUAUGAGCAGUUACAAUCACGUUAUUUAGAUAUAGAACAAACAGUAAUUGAACAACAAGGAAAGAUAGGAUUGUUACAGUGCAGCAAUCAGAUGUUAUCAGAAAAAGCCCAGAAAUAUCAGAUUGUUGCCGAGAAGGCUGCUGUUAAAGUAGCCCAGAACAAAUAUAAAAAAAGAAAGGGAAGGGUAAACACCCGAAAAGUACGAGCAAUUAUUGCUUCUGCCGAUCUUCAAUGGGAUCCCGAUACAUGGGAUGGUGAUGUAUGGGAUAGUAGUAGUGAGGAGGAGGACAAGGACAAGGGGGAUGGGAGCCUCCCAAUCCUGUCAUUGACCCUCCUGGGGCAAAUGCUUGUCCUGUCUCGCGCAGGCAAUUAACUAAGGUUGCAGAAGGUGGAGGGCAGGCAGUCCUCAAAGAGAAAAUGAUACUGCAAGAUUUCACUCAAAAUGAAGUCAUGGAACUAUUGACCAAAUUUUCACAACGCCCCGGGGAAGGCGUCCUUACCUGGCUGGUCCGUUUGGUAGAGGAUGGCGCUGGAGGGGUUGAUGUAGAUAGACAAGAUGUUGCAAAAUUUGAAGCCUACUGCUCCUCCCGAGGAACAGGAAGAUUCAGAGGGUGAUGCAUAGGUAGCCAGCCAAGCCCCUGUAUGGAUUCGUCAUGAUGAGAGACCUUAUGUCAAAUUAGGAAUCCAUUGGUCACGGGGCAAUGUACAAGAGGUCCCCGCGUUAAUUGACACAGGGGCGGAGGCUACCCUAAUAUAUGGAAAUCCCAAUAGAUUUAAAGGACCCCGAAUUAAAAUUGCAGGGUUGGGGGGUCGAGUAACUGAAGGGGUACAGGUGGAAAUACCUCUAAAAAUAGGAAAUUUACCUAUUAAGAAAUGCCGAGUACUAAUAGUACCCAUUAGAGAAUAUAUUAUAGGCAUUGAUGUUUUAAAAGGACUGACCCUUUAUUUAGAUACAGGAAAAUUUAGUUUUGGAGUCAGAAGUAAUUGUAUUCAGGCCAGACCUAUUGUGGUGGGAAAAGUAAAAAUGCCCCCAGUACAUGUCCCACCUGCAACUAAAUUAAUUGCAAUGAAACAAUAUCGUAUACCGGGGGGCCAUCAAGAAAUAAGCAAAACCAUUAAAGAAUUAAUGGAUACAGGAGUGGUACGAUAUACCACUACUGCUUGGAAUAAUCCGGUAUGGCCAGUGAAAAAGAGCGAUGGCUCCUGGCGCAUGACUGUGGAUUAUAGAGAACUGAACACAUGAAAAAUAAAGGGUGGGAGAUUAAUCCCGCCAAGGUGCAGGGACCUGCACAAGCGGUGAAGUUUUUGGGGAUACAGUGGAAUAAAGGACAUUGAAGUUAUCACUAAACAAACAAAAGUAACUGUAUUCCAUGUUGAUGCACAUGUACCAUUAGACUCACUUGAACGUUUGUUUAAUUCACAAGCAGAUGCACAAGCCGCCAUUGCUAAGUCAUCUCAUGAGCCAGUGGCAGGAGAGACGAAGGAAUUGGAAUCAUGGUUGCAGGGUACAGCCCUUUGGGCACACCAAAAGAGUGGACAUCUGGGAGAAAAGGCAACUUACAGAUUGUCGUGAGUCUCAGUCUUGGAAUCCUUGGAAUUGUAUUAUUGGUCGUCCCCUCUAGUACAUGGACACCUGGAUUGAAGAUAGAGAAACGAGAGUUGCAUACUGUACGGUGGGGAUGGAACAAUGCCACCAUACCAAGAACCCAAGAUAAUUUCACUUGUCAGGCCAAUCAGCGCUGUACUAAUAUAGUAAAUAUAACAAUUCCAGGAACGAUGUGGGCUGGACCGCCUGAUCCACAAAGAAACAGAUAUCGACCUACAUUUGCCUUACAUCAGUCAGAAGGCAACAUCACAAUUAAUGCUGCAGUAAAUAUAAGUUGCUGCUCCAAACCUUAUAGGUUCCGAUUUCUCCCUAAAGAAGAGAAGAAUAAAGAAUACAAGAAUUGUUCUAAACAAGGAGCAACCACAUUUCGGUUAGCCGUAAAAGACGUUUUAAUUUUGGUAUGUCAUAAUGCUACUGAAAUAAAAAAUCGAACGUGGUGGGCACAAGAUUUAAUGUUUAUUGAUAUCAAUGCAUCACGAAUCGAUAUUGGACAUGUUAAAAGAUUACCAUCUACAUGUAAAAAUGUAGGUACACAAGCUCAAAAGACUGUUAGUCACACAAGUUGUUUUCCCUCCCAAUAAUAGACAAUGUAUAUCCCGGCAACGACGUGCCUGGUAUGAUACAUUGUUGGGAGGAUAUGGGACUCUAACAGGAGUAUUAAAUAGAAUAGAUAUUGAAACAUUAGCCAAUAGGAUGCAUAGCACCGGUAGUAAAUUAAAUGACGGACUUACAUUACAAGCAAAAUGGAUGCCUACUAUUUUUGAGCCAGCCAAAAUAUCGGCUGGAAUAGAUACUUUAAUGAAUCAGCUAAUUAAUGCUAGUAAUGAUUUUGCUGUUGGAUUUGAUACCAACAUUACUAAAUUUAUAAAUUGGACCGUCUGUACACUACAGACUAUGUAUGAGCAACAACAAAAAGGCGUUAUGCAAACUAUGCUAAUGACCGGAAAUGAACAAGUAUGGAGAACAAUUUUUAAUACAAGUGUGUCCAGGGACGCUUGGAUACACUUGGAAGCUGCUAAAAUGAUUUGUAAUGACACCAUAUGCCAAGGUAUUUUAACUAUGUAUAAUGUAACCAAAGUUAUUCAAAUGUGUAAAUAUAUUGUAAUGCCUUUGUUGUUAGGACCAUCUGGUGGAGAAUGGUACUGGUUCCCCACUAUGAAAGGAGAAUAUAUAGAUGAGAAUAAUAGAACUCAUGAUUUGAGUAUUUGUACACCCACUUUACAAGGCAAGAUAUGUAGAGUACAAUCUGCAGUUUAUGAACCUUGCUUAUUAGAGAAUGGAGUAAAUUUAUGUAAAUGGAUAGUUUUACCUUUGUCAUAUACAAUGAUGAUGGAGGUAGCCCUACAAGAAGUAUGUUUGGUAACUGAUACACCAGCCAUACCUGGAAUGGUAGUUCCAUUUUCCGGAUGUAUUAGUAAUGUUAGUUCCUUAACCUGGGAAAAUGAGACAUUUAUAUUGUAUGCUGACCGUGAAGAACAUGUUACAAAAUAUUGGAGUCCACAAAAUUUAAGUAUUCCCCAAUGGGAUUUGAAGUUAGAUAAACUACAUACAAUUAUGAAACAAUCCAAAGUUAUUGAAGAUCAUAUCAAAUAUCUAAAUCAAUCUAUUGUAACUCAUCAAGUGACAACAACAAUAAUUGCUGAUCAAUUACAGAAAAUUGGUUCUGAUGUCCAGGAUGCAACUUCUCAUCAUUGGUGGGACUUGUUUAGUGGAUAUUAUCCGUCUGCAUCCAAUAUGCUAAAUUUUCUGAUACAUCCUGUUCUCAUACUGUGUAUAAUAAUAAUAAUUUUAUCUAUUUGGAACUGUGUGGUAUUUUUCCGCAUAUGUUGUAAACGACAAAAGGUUGUAACGGCAAGUUAUGAGUUAUAAUUGGAAUCAGUCAAGGGCCGUUUGUGAUACGAGUGUGAUAUGAAAGGGUGAGAGUGGGGUUUUCUGACUGACUUCCAUUUUGUGCCGCAGUAACUAUGCCACAUAAUCACAAGAGAAUAGCAAGGGUGUUUGUCUUAUGAAAGGGUGUUUGUCUCAUGCUAGAAGAAGGAUUCUUAGAAUAGACAAGGACUCGUGUUGUUAUUUUCAGUUUGUUAUAGACAAGGACUCGUGUUGUUAUUUUCAGUUAGAUAAGAUGUUUCAGAACCCCGGAAUGUACCCACAUAUGGAUAGAUUGUGUUUUUAGUUUUGUAUAAAGGACGGGGAAUGUUAGGGGAAUAUCGGAAUCCACCUGAGACGCUAGCAGACGUGCUGCGUGUGAAUACCGAAUUUCCCCUUGAGACGAUCGUCCUGAGAUUCCCCAAUCCAGAGUGCUCAAGUGAUGCUACAAUAUUCGGUAAGAUAUUGAUGUAGUUUCUUGAUAUUAUACCUAUAUUUAUGAUUAUGUAUUAAUACCUGACGAAAAUACUAUAAGAACUAAUAAAUUAUUUACUAUUGAGACAUAAAAGUGUUGUUUGUUUUGCUGCAUUAAAGUGUAAGCCUGUUCUGGGCAACAGUGAGCGCAGAAUGUAUUGAGCAAUCUCACACACCCUA